AAAAACACCGAGAGUCCGAAAACCGAAAACAACAAUGGCGUAUCGAGGAGUAAACAAAGCGUCGUUUUGUCAUCGUCCUUAAUUUUUUUAAUAAUAUUCCCAAAAGUUUAGUGCAAAACUCAAAAAAUUAUCGUUCAAUCUCUUCCCCAAACACUAGCCCAUAGAUAGAACCUAAAAUUUGUGAUCCCUUAACUGCGUGUGAUAGAGAAAUUUAAAUUACAAACUUGUGCGCGCCUCACUGCUUAACCUCAGAAAACUUAAUUUUUUUCUUAAUUUUGUUGGUCAACUAAAAAUUAUUAAUCUACUGCAAUCAUAGUUUCCUGGGUACAUCGUUAAUUGCGAUCCAAUAAUGAAGGAAGAGGGCCUCCUCAACAAAUCGACGUCCUCCUUCGCCAACAACGAUGAGAUUCUAACGUCGCUUCUGAAGAUCAAUAACUUCGAUAAUAGCAUCAAAGAUGAGUCGCUGGACAUCAAUCUCUCGGCCUGUGUAACUAUAUCCGCCGACCCGACAAUCAUCUGCAACAACAGUCUGUCCUCGGACUUCUGGAAGGUCUUCGAUGAGAGCGCCCAGGCCGACGAGAGCAGCAGUGCUAUUGCAAAUCGAUCGGCACCGGCGGCGGAGAACAUCAGUUUCGUAAGCCUUCUGCCUCCACCGCCACCUGCAGAAGCACACAAAGCUCUCACCGGAUGGGGGAGUGAUUUACCUUCUCCGAUCUUACCGUCUCCCACAAAGAAGAAGCAAAAAAGCCGCAAACAAACCAAGCCCACCCAAAUUACCGAUGAAGGUAGUAAUGUUAAUGUAGAACGCAAGCCCGACAUCAAUGCACUAGCACCAGCACCACCGACAAAGACACCGACUACAAAAAAUAAUGUCCACCUUCCGAUCUCAAAUAGUUUUAAGGGUAACUUUCCGAUUGCUGCAAGUAAUCCAGAUUCUUCGCCAGCAAUCGCUUUCAAAUUCAAAUGCGAACAUUGUCGAGUAGUGUUGAACGGGCUGGAGGAGUUCAGCAAGCACGAAGCCUCCCAUAAGAUUCUAUUUAAAUGCAACGAAUGUGAUCGUGAGUUUGCCAACGAGAGUGGCUUGAAGAAGCACGUUAAGAGUCAUCGAGAUGACUCGAGGAAGGACGGCUGGAAGAAGUGCCCUGAUUGUGGCAAGUGUUUAAAACUCGGAAGCAUGUGGAUGCACAGAAAAAUCCACAGUGAUAAUAAAAAAUACGGCUGUGAUAUAUGUGGCCAAAAAUUUGUUCAAAAAAUUAAUCUUACCCAUCAUCAGAGAGUGCACACAGCAGAAAAGCCCUACGAAUGCGCUGAAUGUCCAAAACGAUUUCAAGAAAGAUCUCAUUUGCAACGUCAUCAAAAAUAUCAUGCCCAAACCCGUCCGUUUCGAUGUGAGAAAUGUGGUAAAAUGUACAAAACCGAACGUUGCCUCAAAGUCCAUAAUCUUGUGCAUCUGGAACAGCGUCCCUUUGCAUGUCAGGUGUGCAACAAAAGUUUCAUAAGCAACUCCAAGUUGAAGCAGCACUCAAAUAUUCACACUGGCGAACGUCCGUUCAAGUGUAACUACUGCACCAGGGACUUUACGAAUUUCCCCAAUUGGCUGAAGCACACCCGCAGACGUCACAAAGUCGACCAUAAGACCGGAGAACUCCUCGAGCACAUGCCUUCGUAUUGUACAAAAUCAGGCAAGAAGUCUACAGCAGCUGCGGCUGGAGGUGAUGCUGAGGGAAAACCAACGAGGAAGAAGAAGAAAACCGAGACGGAUCAGAAGAAAAACAUAACUACUACAUCACAGCCACAAUCAAAACCACAACAACCACCACCGCUAUCGCUACCGAUACCACAACCGGUAGCUCAACCAAAGUCUUCCCAGUCUCCAACAACUCCCUCCGUCCAGCUUAUGAAAACCAAAAUUAAACUGGAACCCAAACAGGAACCACCGGAAGUUUACUCCAAUAGCAACUUCACGGAUUUGCACUCUCUGAGCAUAACCAGUGCCGAGGAAUUGAUCAUGGAACAAGCCCUCGAAAUGGAAGAAUUUUGUUUCUACAAAUCGCAGUUGGAUCAGUUCUGUAUGCAGAAGGAAUUUACUGUAAAAAAAGAAUUUGAUAAUAAAGCAUUGUGCUCUGUUGACUCCUCGCCGUUUUCUUCGCCAGCUUCUGUCGAGCUUCCCAUCACGUACAACAUCCAGUCUCUUCCAUCCACAACAAUAUCGACUGCAGGACGGAAUGCAUCAUCGUUGUCGUCCGAAUCUGCAACAUCAAACACAAUGCGCAUCCAAGUUUUCAAGAAUCAAACUCUUCCGUCCGUCGACACUUUGAUAAAUGCUUGCUUUUUCAAAACCGAGAAUCAAAAUAUGUAAAAUAUAUUCCUGAUUUUGCGCCACCUAAAUGUCAUUGUGUGUCUCCACAAAAUUCAAAUUCGAAUUCGAUACUCGAUGGCUUAGAAUACGUUGUUGUUUUUUU